AUGUCUUCCACGCCUAGAAAACGUAAGGCCGAAGCGAGUAGUAGCACCAAUGCCACCAGCGCAAAGAAGAAAACUACAUCUACCGCUACGGCUGCGACGGUAUCCAAUUUCUUCAAACCGGCAUCCCAGAAGGAGCCGGAGCCAACGACGUGGAGACUGGUCUCAAAGUCGCUAUUGGUCGGAAAGUACCAACCCAAGGGGACAGUCGGGAUUGAUGUAGCCGCGGCGGGGAAAGUGAAGAUCGCUGGAUUCGAUCUGGACUCAACCCUCAUCUCCACACUUUCGGGAAAUAAGUUCGCCAAAGACGCUACGGAUUGGAAAUGGUGGGACCCGUCUGUGCCGACCCGGCUUAAAUCACUACAAGCCGAAGGCUAUCAGCUUGUCAUCUUCACGAACCAGAACGGCAUUCCCGACCCGACCAACGAGUCGGUACGCCUAGCGGCGUUCAAGACAAAACUCGCUGCAAUCUUUAAGACGCUGAAUAUACCGGGUAUGUUGGUAUAUGCAGCGACGGCAAACGAUCGAUUUCGGAAGCCGAGGCCAGGAAUGUGGGAGGAGCUCUUAGACGACCUGGACUGCGAUGGAACAGUACCCGAGAGGGCUGCUGAGUUGAAGGAAUGUUAUCUAGUUGGUGAUGCGGCGGGGAGAGAGGGCGACUUCUCAGAUACGGAUCGGAACUGGGCAAUUAAUCUCAAAAUCGGGUUUCACACGCCUGAGGAAUACUUUCUUUCCCAAGCUCCAAAACCUAUGUCCCACAGGUUUGACCCGGCACUCUACAUAACCCCUUCCACCAGUAGUAACGGUAACGAAUCUGCAUUCACCCCCAACCCCCAAUCUCAAGAGAUCAUCCUUUUAUGUGGCUCUCCCGGUAGCGGUAAGUCCACGUUCUACCGGCGCCAUCUCCUUCCCCAUGGCUAUGCGCACAUCAACCAAGAUACCCUCAAGACCAAGCCGCGCUGCCUUAAGGUCGCGCGUGAGCACCUCUCUGCAGGCAAGAGCAUUGCCAUUGAUAACACUAAUGCCGAUAUUGCCACGCGCAAGCUGUGGAUUGAUCUGGCGGGCGAGUUCAAUGCGCCGAUCAGGUGCGUGUACUUCGUAGCAGACGAGGCACUGUGUAUGCAUAACGCUGCUGUGAGGGCGUUUGGUGGGACUUUGGUGAACCCAGAGGGGAGGGAAAUGUUGCCGAGGAUAGCGUUUGCCGGUUUUAAAGGAAGAUUUGUAGAGCCGAAAGUGAUAGAAGGUUUUUCGGAGGUCUCUAGAGUGGCGUUUAAGUGGGAGGGUGAGGAGGAGGAGAGGGGUGUCUGGAGUAGAUUUUGGACUUAG